AUGGGUUGUUGUUAAGGAAAUAAAUAAGGUUUAAACUUUAACGAUAUUUUUAGAUAUGGACUAAUAGAAUGAAUAGGUAAAAGAAUUGAUUGAGUAUUAAUAACCAGAAUAUAAAGCAAAUAUUUUGGAUUUAAAUUCUGAGGUAUAUAAAGUGGAAUAGAUUUAGGAGAGAAAUGGGGAGGCAGACCAAACACAAAAAAAAGAAACUAAUUAUUCUUAGGAAAUAAAAAGUGCAAAAAAGGAAGAGAAUUCAUAAACAAGGUCGAUAGUUUAAUAGUAAGAAUAAGAGAAAUAAUGGGCAAUAAAACAGACAAUGUUUGUAAGGAUAAAUUCUAAGAAAAAUGUCAGUGAAUUUUAUGUUAUAAAAGAAAUGUUAGGAGAAGGGGGAUUUGGGAAAGUUUAUAAAGCUGUUCAUAGAUAAACAGGUUUCAAUUUAUCGAAUAAGAAUAGGUAUGAUUAGAGCAAUAAAAUUAAUUUUAAAAUCAAAAUUGAAUAAAGAAGAUUAAGAAAAGUUAUUGGAAGAAACGAGUAUAUUGAUGGAUAUAGAUCAUCCAAAUAUUGUGAAGUUAUAUGAAAUGUUUUAAGAUGAAAAUUCUUAUUACUUAAUAAGUGAAUACUGUGAUGGUAAAUCAUAUUAAAAUUUCAUAUGAAAGGAGGUGAACUAUUUGAAAAAAUAAAGUUUGUUCAAAUUUUGACAGAGAAAGAAAUAGCAUCUUAUAUGAAAUAAAUAUUAUCAGCAGUUUCUUACUGUCAUUCUAAGGGAAUAGUUCAUAGAGAUUUAAAACCAGAAAAUAUUUUAUUUGAUUCUAAAAGUUAAGGAGCAACAUUAAAAAUUAUAGAUUUUGGCGCAAGUGCGAAAUUAAAGGAGGAUGAAAAACUAAAUAAAAAAAUAGGAACAGUAAUUAUAAUCAAUUUAUAAUUUAGCCAUUCUAUGUUGCUCCAGAGGUUUUAAAUGGGAGCUAUGAUGAAAAAUGCGAUAUAUGGUCAUUGGGAGUUGUUCUCUAUAUAUUGCUUUGUGGAUAUCCUCCAUUUUUUGGACAUAGCGAAGAAGAAGUAUUGGCUAAAGUGAGAAAAGGUACAUAUCAAUUUGACAGUAAUGAUUGGUCUAGAGUGUCUAUGCAAGCUAAAGAUUUAAUUAGAAGAAUGCUAUUUUAUGAUCCCUCAUUCAGAAUAGGAGCUUCUGAUGCUUAUUAACAUGCUUGGAUUUCAAAUAAUAAAGCUAAAGGUUAAGUCAAUAAUUUAAGUUUAAAAAGAUUAUAAGAUUUUGAUUCAAAAAAUAAAUUGAAGUAUGCCAUCCUUUAAUUUAUUACUGUCUAAGUAGUUUCAAAUCAAUAAAAAAAUGAUUUAUAAAAAAUAUUUCUAGAUAUUGAUAGAAAUGGUGAUGGCACUGUUAGUAAAGAAGAAUUACUAGCAGGUAUUUUUAUUUCUUACAACUAGCUUACUUAAAGAUGUAUAAAGGAGACACUAUAGCAGCAUAGCAUAUAGUUGAAGAAUUAUUUCCUUAACUUGAUGCCAAUAAAUCUGGGAAAGUGGAUUUUAGCGAAUUCAUCUCAGCCUCAAUCAAUAGAGACAAAACAUUAAGCAAAAAAAAAAUUGAACAAUCAUUUAAAUUGUUUGAUCUAGAUGGCAAUGGAUAUAUUACGAAAUAAGAGAUCAAUGAAUUAUUUGGAAAUGAAAUAGAUGAAAAAAUGUGGGAGGAUAUUUUAAAGGACUGCGAUAUUAAUUAAGAUGGAAUGGUUUUUAUUACUUAAUAAUUUAGAUCUCCCUAAAUGAAUUUAUUACUUUGUUGGAAUCUACAAUAUAAUAAAAUUCAAAACUCAAACAUUGA